ACACGCACAUACAUGGGGAGGGGGGCACAAAAUCGACUCGGGGCGGAAAAAAAUUGGCCGACACAAAAAGCAAUUCAACAAUCCAUAAAUCCCGGUGAAGACCCAUCCUGCCGAAAGAAAAGGAAAAUUGUCGCUGCCAAAAUAAAGAAUUAAAAAAGCUGGAUGCUUAUUCGAGCGAUAUAAAUAUCUUAUAUAUAACCCAGUAGCGGAAACUGGGUUUUUGCUAACGGUUUGAAAACAGCAGGACGGGCCGAUGAGCGAGUGAAGGGAAAAAAGAAAAACAGAAGGACAGGCCUUCAAAACUAUGUCUCAAUCAGGCGUGCCAGUAACACACUAAACAAGGAAUAUUUCAAGUGACUCCUGCUUAUUUUGUUACGAACAUCUGGAAUUAACGCCAUUUUAGCUUCCGUAUUUUUUAUUUCAAAGUGAAGAGGCCGUGCAGAGAUUACGAGGUUUGAAAGCUAGCUUGAUUGGGAGCUAUUUUUUAUUGUUUUGGCUUGGAAAACUGUCAAAUGAACAUUUACCGACACAUAUAAAGCUUAACUUUCUGAAAAAUGUAUUUAUAUACAGAAGUAUGAACUGAAUGGAUGACAUACGCCGAAGUUUAACUGAUGUUGAAACGUUCAGAAAGCCCUCAAGAAUACGUCUUUCAAACUCCGAUUGUUUUAUGUAAAAAAGAUUGAUCAGCAGUAGAAAAAUGUGAAUAUAACAUGAAAUGCGCUUCUCCCUCCCUCACCCUCUUCCCCUCUGUAAGUCGCAUCACUUGAUAAAUCACUUUUGGGUUAGCUUACAACCAUCAAAACGUACAGUUUCUUCAAGAGAUGAAAAGAAGGUAAGGACCAGGCAGCGGAAAGAAAGGAAAUUUCCAGUUAUUACCGCUGUUAUCCUGUCUUCUGCUUUUUUUUUAAACCAUUGCUGAGAGGCUACUGAACAAGAAGAAAGGAGUAUAAUGCAGAGAAGAGAGGACUGAUACGAGAGAUCUGAGUGGAUUUUAAUUGACCAUUCUGUACUAUUAAAUUGGCAAAAUAAAGACCUCAUUUUCAAGGAAUACAAUGUAAAUUUCCCAAAAUUUUGGGAACUGAAUGGAGAAGGGACAUUUUUGUUACAGAUACGAGAAGCAUAGUAUGGGAACCAGCCCUUUCACGAGACAGCAAUGACAAAAAACACAGGCCUCACAUCAAAAGAAAUUGUCAGAGUAUUAUCUUGUACAAGUGCUAUUUUUUGUGUUUAAGAUCUUUGUGAGAUACACGAAGAAGGACUGUCAAAAGGACACGUCAGUGCUCAAGAGCUGAGACUCUCAAGGGGCAAACAAAAAUGCACAAUAAAUUCAAGAAUAAUACAUACGGAUAAGUUACUACCACUACUUAACAAUAUAUAGUCACUGACGGACCUGAAGACUCCUCAAUAAAAUGUUGUAGACGGAAUAUUUGAUAAAGGACAAAGGUUGCAACUGAUAGCACAAAGCAUUGAUUAGAAAAGAGACUCGUAUCCAGAAAGCCCAUUGCCCACUUCUCUUGGAUGGAGAGUGGGGGCAGUGGGCGCUCAUCAGGUGGAGGGGGUGGUAGUGGUGGGGCAGGUACAAGUAAUAGUGGCAGCGGAAACAGCAGCAGCGGUGCAGGAAGGAGUGGAGGGAGCAGUUCCAGAACUGGUGGAAGUGGCUCUAGUUCGGGGGCUUCAAACCGUAGCUCCUCAGUCAGUGGUAGUGGAAUUAUUAUCACCACUUCAGGAGCUGGUGGUGUGGCUUCAGCACCUCCACCUUCAAGUGAAUGGGAGAUGUUCCAGUUUGGAAAAUACAAUUUGGACAUCAUAGAAAUGCUGAGUGGACAUCAGGCCCACCAGUUUAAAGGUCUUGGAUUAGAGAGGCAACUGCAACAUCAACAGCAAGUUCAGCUUCAUCAGCACCAGCAGCAGCUCCAGCAGCAGCAGCAGGCUGAAACCUCAGGAGCCCUCCUGUCUGGACUCAGCCUUGGUUCACUGCAGGGAUCUAGAGGCAAUGCCUUUUCGGAUUCCUCUUCGAUUUUUUCCAAAAUGAGUGCCCCUCCACCACCUCUGCCGCCACAGCCCUCGUCAUCUUCAUCAUCCUCCCAGAGUUCUCGCAAGUCGAGCAAGAUGGGUGUGAGUGGUAGUGGUGGGGGGAGUGCAAGUCAUGGAACAGCAUACCCACAGUUUUUGCGUUCAUUUCAUCCUGCUGAGGCAGCACUAGCCCAGGAACAGCUGCACCCAGGAAUGGGACGGUUUGAGCACUUUGCCGGAGGCAGUGGAAGUACUGGAGGAGCAGGGAGUAUUGGAGGAAUUGUUGCAUCUGCUCCUCCUCCACCACCACCUUUGCAUCCUGGUCUCUCUGUUCCCCAAGCAUCCCCUGGACCCCCAUCUUCAACCCCAUCUCCUUCGAGCUCAGCUUCCACCUCUAAUAAUCCUUCCAGCAGCAGCAGUACAGUAACCUCACUGGGGCACCAGCUCGUUGGGGCUCAGUCUGAUGCUCGCAGCCUACACCAGCAGUUCAGCUGCAUGCUGGCAGCCAAUCAGUACUUCCUUUCUGGUGUGCCAGCUAAUGCCAGCUUGGAGCAGUUUCUAGUCCAGCAGGGAACACACAACCAUCUUGGUUUGGGUUUAAGUCAAGCUGGUGGGGAAACAAGUUCUGGACUUGCGCCACCCCCUGCUCUUCAUCCCUCUCACACACACAGUCACUCUACUCCCCAGCAGCAGCAGCAGCAGCAACAGCAGCAGCAGCAGCAGCAACAACAGUUACCACCCCAUGCUUUAUCCCACCCCCACUCUCAUUCCCACCCUCAUCACCCUCUCCACACAGCCCCCCAGUCCUCCUCAAUUGGAAGUUUUGAUUUCCAAGGUAUUCCGGUUCUCUCCUCUAAUCAGCUAGCAUCUCUGAUGCAGCAAGAAUCUGGCUUACCUCUCCCGUUGCCGCUUCUCUCUCUCCCAAAGGAGGAAGGGAAAGGGGACAUUGCAGGUGGGGGAACUGGAGGAGGCAGACGUAAGAAGGCUAUGGCUGGCUACCUGCCUCAAAGGAAGCUUGAGAGCAACAAUAAUACUAGCAGUAGCAACAGCCAUAGUGCUGGUGACCCAAAUCCCAGUAGUAGUUCUGGAAGGCAUGGUCAUGAUGCAUCUUCAGGCCUUGUUGGAGGCAGUGGAGGGGUUAAUAUGCAAAAUGUUAGUGGAGAGCCCUCUCUCCUGACCUCUUCAGCUUCAUCUUCCUCAGCUGUUUCAUCUUCCUCAUCAUCCGCCCCUUCUUCAACCACAGCAUCAGUCCUUGUAACAAAUGGCUUACAAAUUACCAAAUCUGAAAGUAUGGGUGCUAUGACACCCACCAUUACUCAACCUGAACCAGAGCCUCUUUAUCACUGUGGGGAAUGCGGUAAAACCUUUACUCAUCUCUCCAGCCUCCGAAGACAUCUGCGCAGUCAUGGUUUAGUUUCUGGAAAUGGUGGCAAUACUAACAGUAGCGCUAACCCCAUUUCCAAUCCCAGCCAAAAUCACCACCAAGCUGAUGCCAACAUACCCCACUCGACUCAAGACCUGACAUCUCAGUCCAACUCGCAUCAUCAACAGCCACAACCACAAGCCUCUUUAAAUGCUCAACAGCAACAGUCAAAUCCAGCUCCCAUAUCUUCAUCAUCUUGCCCAAGUCCUGAAAAGAAUCAUCGUUGCCCUGAAUGUGGAAAGGGAUUUAAGAAAAGGGGACACCUCCUCCAGCAUGGGGUCAUCCACUCUGGAGCACGACCUUUUGCAUGUACUAUUUGCCAGCGUGCUUUUAAUCGCCGUGAGUCACUCACCCGCCAUGAGAAGAUUCAUGAGGAAAAGCCCUACCGUUGCCCAGCUUGUGGCCGAUGCUUUCGUGAAAGCACCUCAUUACUUAACCAUGCAGCUUCAGGUACAUGUGGCAAGCCAGGUCGGGGAUCAAGGACGAGGCCUAGCACUAGUGGUAAUAACUCAAUGAUUGGACAGGAUGGACGCUAUAGAAGUAAAAUAAGUAAACCCGGGGGUAUAGAAUCAGGAGAAAGUGGAGCAGUGGAAUACCCAAGUGGGCAACUUACUGGAAGGGUGGUUUAUGGAAAAACUGAGGAAGAGGAGGAAGAGGAGGAUGGAGUGGUUGGGAGUAUGAUAGAAGAUCAAGAUGUAAAAUCAGCUUUAACAUGUGAAGGUCUUUUCCAGUCAGGAAGGGGAGGUGUUGCAAGCAGUGGGAAUAAAACAGAAGGAAAAUAUUCUGCUGACUACUCUCGGAAUCGUUAUCAGACAUUGUACCGAGGUGAUGAGUACCGUGGUGACUUCAAGCAACAUCGCUCUCAAGCUAAUCCCUCUCCUUGUUAUCCUGGUGAACCCUCCUGUGGAAGUGGAAUGACAGGUCCUGCACUCCGGAAAGCACCAUUAGCCCCAACUCUACAUCCACACCCACAAAGUCAAACUCAACAGCAGCAGCAGCAGCAGCCUCAUCUUCCCCUCUCGUCUCUGUUAGAUGACACUGAAGACGAUGUAACCAGCUCAGUUAACAGUGCCAUUUCGGCUAUUGCUGCAGCUGCUGCUGCUUCGUGCAUGCCUGGGGAGCACAAUAAUGCUGGCAGCCGGGGAGAAGAACGAAGGGAUAUUAUUGGAGGGCUUCUUGGUGGACUUGGCUUAGGUCCACUUGGAGUUUCUCCUGGUGCCCCCUCAUCGACAUCUGGAAUGGACAAGGCUUAUAGGGGCACCCAAGAUAGCAUGGGUAGUACAAUGGCACCUUCAACCCAUCACAACCAACAGCAGCAUCAGCAGCAGGCCUCAACUGUCAAACCUAAGCGGCCUCGGAAACCUCGCCCAAAGAAGGAAGCCGGAUCAGGGGCUGGGGCUACUGGGGAAAGCAGCAAGCGAAGAACUCAUUCCCAAAGAGGGACAAGUGGGGAUCCUGAACGUCUCUUUUUGUGUAGUGUCUGUGGUCGUGGCUUCACACGUCGUGAAACCCUUCGAAGACAUGAUCGCAUCCACACUGGGGAGAAGCCCCACCACUGUUCUGUUUGUGGAAAAAAUUUCCGGGAAGCAUUCCAUCUUACCAAGCAUCACACAGUUCAUUCUGGAGAGAAGAACUACAAAUGUGGUCUAUGUGGGAAAGAUUUUGGUUAUGCGCAGAGUCUGAAGAGACAUGGAAAACUACAUCAGAAAGGAGAAUUUGAGGAAAUUCCCACAACAGCUGGAGGAAAUAAUAGCAACAGCAGCAACUCUGCUGUAACUCCUGGAGGGAGCAUUAGCCAAGAGAGGGAUCAAGGAAAUUCUGAAUCUUACUAUGCCUAUCCUCAGGGCAUCAAGCCUCAAGGACCCAACAUUCAGCCUCCCCCUAGACUAUAUACUUGUGCCAUUUGCUGGAAGUCAUUCCGUCAUCACUUUCACCUGACUGCCCAUCACCAAGCAGUUCAUGAGGGUGGGGACAGGCUUUUUUGCUGCGAGGUCUGUGGGAAGGCCUUUGCUUACGCUAAUAGCUUGACCAGACACCGGCUUUCACAGCAUGGAUUAACACGGACUGGCCAAGCUAAUCAGCCAGGAGGUGGAGGUGUGCCUGGGGGCAGUGGAAGUGCAACUGGAUCUGUUUCCGAGAGUGAAGCAGCUACAAAUGCCCUUCUUCAGCUUGUCCCCCCCAGUGGAACCCAUGGAGGACAGCAAACACACACCAGUUUACCCCACUCCCAACAACCUCCCCAACAGCCUCCAACUGGCUUCUCUCCUCUCUUCUACCUCCCAGAGCUGGCUCCUCCUCACUCAGCAACAUCCAGUGCCCCCACAUAUUCUCAUCCCCUCCCACAUAAUUCAACUUUGACCACUCUAUCUAACCACCAGCAACCUUUAGGAAUUAAGGGGGAGCCCAUGUACCCAACUGGACCUGUCCAUCCCCUUAACACCACACCUUCUCUUCAUCCUCUUCUACUUUUGUCACCCUCUCAACAGCAGCAUAAUCAGCAUGCACAGCACCUUCCAGUAGAGAUGCAGAUUCCACAACCACAGCAACAGAAUUUGCAGUCUCAGGAUGAUCUAAAGAAACACCGGAAGAAGAAAAAAGGAAAAGAGACAUUACAUAUUAUAGGGACCACAGGAGGACAGUCUACAGACGGGGGGAGUGAAGAGAGGGAUGAGAAGCAGAAGUCAGAGAAGCAAAAAGAGAAGAGGCGGAAAUUGCUAAAGAAAAAAAGAGGGGGAAUUCAUCAACAGGAGCUUAGAAGAAAGAAGCGAAUAGCACACUUUCUUAAGCUUAGACGAGCCGGAGGAGGGUUGAACAUGGGGAAGCUGUCAUCACUGGAUGUCCCACAGAAAUGCUUCCCAUGCCCUUUGUGCCCACGAACUAUAUUUUCUCGCCAGUCAGCAUUGUUGGUUCACAGGGCAGUUAGACAUCCUCCAAAAACCAGCUGUCCCCAAGCCCGCCUGGAGUGCCCUGUCUGUGGAAAGCGCUCUCGUAAAUUCCUUGCAGCCCUUAGUCAUCGAGGGUUCCAUCUCACCAAGGGAUCUUUUUCUUGUCCACAGUGUCCCUUGCGUUUCUGGAAUGGGGUGCUCCUAGGGAGGCACACUGUAGCCUGUCGAGGUGCUGUUGGGGGAGGCAGAGGGGGUAGUAUGGCUUUGAAACUGAAAUCUGCACCAAGCAAGGUGGUGAAGAAAGAGGGACAGGGUGAAACUGUGCUAAUGGAAUACAGGCACUGAGUCUUUUUUGUAUGACUAGUAGAAGAUUUUCACUUUGGAAAUUUGGGGUGAGAUAUAUUACUCCAGUGGUAGGUCACUUUUACAGGCAGGCUACUUUUGCCUUGUUUGGCUUGGACUGACUAAGUGUCAUUACCACAUCUCUCCCUAGACUCUGACUUACAGUAUAUGGAGUGAUUUUUCUUUUUUGUAGAAAGUUGCAUACUAAUUUACAUAGUUUGCAAAAAAUCAACCUCAAAAUCUCUCAAGUGAAUGUGAGAGUCUGCAAGGACAUGACUUUCUGUGCAUCCUGAUUUGUAAACACCAUUUACACUCUUUGGCUAAAUUUUCUGGGAUGUUAAGCUUCAUUGGAUUAAGGCUAAUACUGUUUCUUUUCUCCUGAUUACCCUAUGUAGUCUCUCUGCUGUGUAUAUUAUGUAGUUAGUGUUCACUUAAGAGCCCUGUGAAGUUGUGCUUGACUGUUUUGUUCUUAUAAAGUACAUUUGGAUAAAUGCAGGAGGUCAGUGACUGAAGAAAAAUGUUCUAUUUGGUGGAAAGUUCAAGUGUCAGUGCAUAAGACACUGUGUGUUUCUUGGUCAGUAAGUCAUAUUGUGAAUUCACUGUUGUGAAUCGAUCAAGCAGGUAACAGCAAAUCCCUAAAGGAUCUAUUAACUGAUGAUUAUGAAUACAAAGUAUUAAAGAAAAGCAAAUGAAUUCGGUGGGACUUUUCUGGAAAAAAGGUGCAAAACCUCUGCUAUGUUUUUGGAGAAGACUGAUCACAAAACUUGAUUACAUACCAGUGGACAGUGCAACUUGUAUGAAAAGACUGAAAUUGAGAGGUGGGUCGGAACAAGCUGACUGUACUGUAAUUUUUUUUUUUAUUGCUAUAUUGUUUUUUAAGUAAUGUUUUAGUUUGUAUCAUUGCUGUUUGGAGGGUGGGUAAGUGGGCGGGUUGGAGGGAGGGACUUAUGGGCUGUCAUUUUAAAAAUUAAAUGUACCAGUGUGUUUAUGUUAUCCUCCUGUCCAGCUACUCACCCAGAAUUCGGGCCCUUUCCCUUACACACAUGUAGUAUUUUACUCAGUUGCAUCCACAUUCAUAUCCCUUUCCCAAGCUUUCUUUUAAAAAAGAAAAAUAAUACUAAAUACAUUUCUAUCAUAUUAUUUGCCUAGUGAUUAAAAAAAUAGUUGGAAUAUAUUCAAAAAAUAAACAUUUAAAAAAGAA